AUGAGUCAAGAUACACGAAAUAACACAUCAAUAAACGACGAUGGGGGCUCAUCUUCGAAAGAUCGACCAGAAGACAUUCAGCGUCUACUUAUAGAAAUUCUUAACUCACAAAAACCCAAAGCCUCGCCGAACGCUCAGACAAAAUUGCUAAACACACACAUUACUAAUGAGGAUGUUAGCUUUAUCAAAGCCGCGAACGAUGUCGUGAAACUUCAUCAAUAUCGGGUUGAUCCGACGAUAAGGGACAUAUUAAGCAGGCUUCAAUAUACGCAUCCAUCACCAGGUAAUACUCCGCAUUCAAAGGAUUAUUUACAGGCUCUAGGUUUGGGUUCGCACAUUUUGGCAGACAGGAUAAACUCCCCUGACAAUAACACAUAUAAUCCCAAUCAGAAUUCAACCCAAGCAGGUCCCUUAAGAGACUGGCAUUCAAUUCUUUCUCCUCUUAGUCCCCAAACAACUGCUUUGCCGACUAUUGCUGGUCAAUCUUCAACGGCUAACUCUAUACAGGUGUCUGGGCAAACGGCGCUUCCACCACUUCGGAAUCCAACUGUUCAACUUCCACCUUUGAACGGUUCAAAUACUACGGGACGUGAUACACAAACAAGAAUAUCAGGUCAGACAAAUAAUCAGGGUGAGUUGAUAGGGCAACUCGUUCAUACAAUCAAAAAUAUGAACUCUUCCCAGCAACAAAACUUAGUGAAAGGAAUCGCACAAAUGCUUUUAGGCUCUCCUACAAAUUCACAGGUCAAUACUCAAUCACUAACAGAGAAGCCAUCAAAUAUGACUUCGCUGGCUCAAAGGCCCCAGCCACAAGUACAAAAGCCAGAGUUACAGGCUCAACAAAUUCAAUUUCAGCCGGGAGGGGGUGAUUUGGGAUUGCAAAAUUUCCGAACAUCUCCAGAUGCUUCGAGUACAUCUAUUUUAGCACGGGGAACUUCCCCAAUUAGUUUUGAUUCACAUCAAAAUUUCUCAUCAUCAAGAGCGCCAAAUAAUAAUAACGGUUACUCUUCACAGUUUGUUCUUGAAACCCCGACCACAAAUAGCAUGAUCCGAAGCUACAGUUCUACAUCUGCAUCUAGUAACACAUUCAAUGGUAGGUCCGAGUUUUAUUCGGGAUCAAAAUUUAAUUUGAAGACUAAUGCUAAGACCAGGGGUGGAUCUCACAAGAAUGCCGGAAUAAAUAGUUCACGGAAGUUUGUUUGUCCAAAAUGUGGUGUUGCGUUCAAGAGAUCUUCAGAUUUAAAAAGGCAUGAAAAAAUACAUCUUCCAGUGCCUCCAAAUAUCUGCCCCUUAUGCAAAACCGGAUUUGCGCGUAAAGAUGCUUUAAAGAGGCAUAUAGACACUAUGACGUGCCGUAGAAAUCGGAAAAGACUGUUGGAGAGUUUAAAGAAGAAGAAGACCAGUCAAAGUAAUGAUGCUGCAUCUCACAGCUAA